GUCAGACUCGGGGAGGAGUCGGGGUUUGUGAUGGGUGAAAGGGAAAAGUUCAGAGGUCACAAUUUUGUUGUCUUUGUGUAAAGGAGUGGAGCUCGAUCUCACAUCACUCUUCCCUCUUCCCCGAGUCCUUUCUAAACUCUCCCCCGGGUUUCUACCCUCCCGAACCUCUCCCCUUCUACCCUUACAACCCCAACCCUCCCCCCGAUCACCUAUCAGCGCACGAGUCAGAUCCAUCUCAGUGACCAAAGACUUCAGUUCUGUACUGACCUGCAGUUGCAGUCAUGGACUCCGGUGUGAUUGAAGGCGGGCUCAAUGUCACCCUUACCAUUAGGCUGCUCAUGCAUGGCAAGGAAGUUGGAAGCAUUAUCGGGAAGAAAGGUGAAUCUGUGAAGAAGAUGAGAGAAGAGAGCGGAGCUCGCAUCAACAUCUCAGAGGGCAAUUGUCCUGAGAGGAUCAUUACAUUGGCAGGUCCAACCACUGCCAUAUUUAAAGCAUUCUCCAUGAUCAUUGAAAAGUUGGAAGAGGAUAUCAGCAGCUCGAUGACGAACAGCACAGCUACCAGCAAGCCCCCGGUCACCCUACGCAUUGUGGUGCCUGCCAGCCAGUGUGGCUCGCUUAUCGGAAAAGGUGGAUGCAAGAUCAAGGAAAUUCGAGAGUCAACCGGUGCUCAGGUACAAGUGGCUGGAGACAUGCUCCCCAACUCCACGGAGCGUGCCAUCACCAUUGCUGGCACUCCCCAGUCGAUAAUUGAGUGUGUCAAGCAGAUCUGUGUGGUCAUGCUUGAGUCUCCCCCUAAGGGGGUCACUAUCCCCUACAGACCCAAGCCUUCAGGAUCACCCGUCAUCUUUGCAGGCGGACAGGCAUAUGCCGUACAAGGACAGCACGCAAUUCCACAGCCAGAUUCUUCCUCUGCUGCUAUCUCUCCACAGCUCACCAAGCUUCACCAGCUGGCUAUGCAGCAGAGCCCGUUCCCCAUCGCACCGAGCAACCAGGGAUUCACUGGGAUGGACGCUUCUGCUCAAACCAGUUCCCAUGAGAUGACCAUUCCAAAUGAUCUUAUUGGGUGCAUCAUCGGCCGCCAGGGAGCCAAGAUCAACGAGAUCAGGCAAAUGUCAGGUGCCCAGAUCAAGAUUGCAAAUCCAGUGGACGGAUCGACCGACCGCCAGGUUACCAUCACGGGCUCGCCCGCCAGCAUUAGUCUGGCGGAGUACCUCAUCAACGCCAGGCUUUCCUCUGAGGCCACUGGACUGGCAGCCAACUGAUAAGACACUGCAUCUGCACUAAAUCUCACUUUUAUAUCAUCGGCUAUGAUUAAGCAGUCAAUGCAACUAUCCAAGUUAAGAGUUUAUAUAUUAUACUGCCUCUUCCUCAUUUAAAAAAAAUAACAAAAGCAAAAAAAAUUAUGUCAACCGCCACUGAUUUGAUCCGCUGAGUUCGUUAUUUAUUUUCUUUGUUUUGGUUUUAGUCAUACGAAGCAAAUGAUUAGGUUUUAAAUUCCCUUUUUGGAGUCCAGUCAGAGGUUUUAAUGAUUUGUUGUUUAGGCGUUUUUUCUUUUCUUGAUGGAUAUCUCGCUCUUUCCAUUUCUUUCUUUGCCAUCACAGAGACAUGAGUUGGAAAAACUCUGAAUAGACAUAGAUUUAGUUCUGUACAGUCAGCUUUUUUUUUUUCUUUAAAAAGGAAAAGACAAAAAAGGAAAAAUAAAAAAGUAUCAAAAAUAAGAAUAGAGUGACUGUUUUAUUCUGUUUAUAUACGCCCCACUCCUUUUUUUUUUUUCUCCUCCCCUCUCUGAGAGCCGCCUGUCAGUUUGUCCAUUUAAUACUUGUACUUACUUGCUUCAAAUAUACACAGCAUCCUCCCCCUUUGUCACCGUUUCAAUUGAAGUGCUCGUAACAUGGAUUGCACUUGUGUCACUGACGAGAACACGUAGCUGUACAUGCACCGUCACAAAAUUAUAUUUGGUUAUUUAGUAAAUGUUCUAACACUCAGAUGAAUUUAUCCAGAUAAUUUAAAAGUGUGUACGCAUGUCACGUUUAUCCCUUUACAUGUCAUUCCUAAACCUUCCCGCUACUGUCCUGAGAUCAUGUGUUGAUAUUUUGCUGGGAUGGGAGGUUUUGUUUUGUUUUUUGGGGAUUUUGGGUCGGCUUUAGGGAUCGAAAGCAGAGGGUUCCCCUCGCUUUUUUUUGUAAAGACUGAUUAUAUACUAAAAGUUGAAAUAUUUGUUUUAAAUGGAGGAAAUAUUUUUUUUCUUAACUACCAAAGUAGGGUGGUGGGAGGGGGGAGGGGGGGUGAACUCCUGGACACUGAUCUGUUAAAUGUAAUGAGGCUAAGAAGUGAAAUCACUGAUGCUCUGGAAGUAGAAAGGGUUGUGAGUUAACACUAGUUUCCUGCUCUUUGCUCUGCUCAAGAAUUUAUUUUUUAUUUGCAGGAAAGGAAAAACUUUUGUGCACGUUUAUUUUUCUUUUCCUUUGAGACUGUAGACCUGGGUGCCACGUUGUUUAAAAAGAAUACAGAAAUAAAGAUGUGAAAUGCUUAAACCACAAA